AUGUCAGACGAUGUCGGCGCCCCUCCUCACCUUUACGUCACCAUCGCUGGCUGGAUAGCCUUGUUUCCCCUCGACGAUCUCACACCUACGGAGCACACCUUUAUCUCCAACGAACUGGAAGAGAAGGGAAUCAUAGUCAUCUAUGACUCCUCUCUCAACCGCAUGCUCUCGUCUACCCUGCAAAGUUCGCUGUCUCCGAACGCAAAGGUGGUCGCUUUCGAGAUGGAAAUGGACUUGAAGGCAGGGCGGAAUUCGACUACGAGGUCGGCUAUUAACCCCGAGGACAGGUUGUUUACUGUCUUGUCCAUGAAUUUCUUUGAUCGAUGCGCCGAUGCGAUCAACAUCGGGCUCCCCGCACACCUUCACGGGCAGUGCGAGAUGUGCCCAAGGUCGAAGAGCGGGAUCUCGAGUUGGGUCUUCAUGAGCGAAGGUCGCCCCCUCGCUUCCACCAAGGUCAAGCUGCUCAGUGUGCUCACAACGCCCAUUGGAAGCGACAACGUAGGCGGAGAAGAGCCGGGUGAGGUAGAUUCGGUGCAUACGAGGAUGAGACUGGACAAGUUGGUGGCGGCAUGUAAGCAAGAGGAUGGGUUGAAAAUCAUUUUAGCGGAGCGAGAGGGGGAGAAAGGGAAACCUAGAUUGACGUUGCGAGUCGUCAACCAAAACGGGAGCGUCGACCCCGGGAUGACACACUGGGCAGCCAUGAUAUCUCAGCUAUGGGUGCAGCUUCUAUACUAUGAUCGCGGCCUCACCACACUCACCCUCUACAACGUCUGGAUCCCUUUUGAACGAGAUGUCCAUGUCAAGAAUUUGUUCCGCAUGGGAGAACCAAUCUACAGGACAAAGCCAGACGUUCCAACUCCGCCCGAACCCUUGGAUCAUCCUCUCCCGCCUCUGCCUGUUUGGCCCUCAUUCGCUUUGUUGGAGGAGAUUUUGAAGAUGGAGGGGAUGAAGAGCAAGAACAUAUCAUCGGCGCCGGGGGGGCCAGGGUAUGCUAGAGGUCAGACCACGAAGCGUAACCACGACGAAGUUGACGGUGCUGGCGGUGCUUGCGAUGGUACCAUUGAUGCGAGUCUCUUGAUGCCUAAGAAUGCUGUAGCCGUCACUUUGCGAGUCUCCUUUCCAGACCAUCGCUCGCCCAAGGCUCGCCACUUCUUCCUGCAAGGUUCUCUGGACGAUUCCUACAUCACCGGUUGCCUUCUCUCCUGCUUCACCGGCUCCCCUCCCGACAGCGUUCUCCCUGCCUCGAUGUCGCUUCCCGUUCGACCGACGAACGCGGAGCUCUCCCUUGCCAUAUACUUAAGUUCAGGGAGGCUGUGGGAUGUGUACCACUCCGUUCUCACUGGUGAGGGACUAGUCAGGAAGGAUGUCAUUGCCGAGGUGAUGUGUCCGUACACCUACGACGAUGGGGAAGAGAGGUCAAAGGAGCUGUUUGAAAAUUCCGAGGGGGCGAUACGAGCGCAUCGUCGAGAAGCUACGCUAUAUAGCGGUCCGCUCGCAAGCCUUCAAGGAGGAGUUGUCCUGGCGGUUUAUGGCUCGUUCGACGGGCGGAUGUGCCUUGGGCUUGGUGUCCAUGGGUGCAUAUCAGACUGGCAAUCCAAGAUAUCUACCGCCAGCCCCAUGCCGUGCGUGUCCUCCAUCGCGAUGUCGAACCACGACACAUCCGUCCACGCACGGACGGCUGCUGCGCCAUCAUAG